AUGCUACAUGCCGAUUUCGAAACAACAUUCAAAUGUGGCUACUGUAAUAUGUCCAAUGUUGAAUUUAAAGAACGACUCUUCAAGGUUACUAGUCAAGAUCAACGUCGUCAAACGUUUGUCAAGCAAUGGUUAGAAAUCGAUAUGACAUUAUUAGAAUUUAUACGAAAAUAUACUUGUAUUAUUGCUCAUGUCUAUUGUUUAAAAAUGGAAUUAGAUUCCUAUAAAAGUUAUAUUGAUAGGACACAAUCAGAAUAUCUUUGGUUAUCACAAUUGCGCAAAAUGAGAAUGAAAGAAGAUAAUAUCGAUGAAAAUUUUUCUGAAACUCAAAAGUACAUCAGAUAUCAAUUAAGAAUUACUGAACAAAGUUUGAGUAAGGCCAUCACAAAACUCAUCAACUGUAUUCAAAAUCAAGAAGCUAUCUCAGGAUCAUCUGUUAUGGACAUGACUUUACUAAAAGCUUAUAUUAUUACAUUCGUACGACAAGAUUAUCGAGAAUUACAUGAUGAUGUUGAACAGAAAAAAAGAUUAUUAUUAUUAAAGGCAAAUGAUGUUCGUUUAGUAAAAGAAUUUUUUGAUUUAAAACCAAAUUCAAUACAAAUAAGUUUAGCUAGAAGUAUAUGGAGGGCAACUAUUCGAGAAGAAGAAACAAAGAAUGGUAAGGAAUAUGAAAUGUCUGAACGAUGGAAUCAUGACUUAAAUGAACAUGCUUUCAAUGAUAAUAAAAAUGAAUUCUCUUUUGAUCAAGAAACAUGUCAAUUACUUCAAUAUGUUGAUUUGAAUGGCUUUUCAGAAUUGAUUGAUCAUAUGGACUCAACCGAUCAGAUAAAUGAAGACUUGAAACAAGGAAUUUCACAUAUACGAGAUCAUUUUAUGAAAGAAAAUUAUGUUUUACGAACAUCCUACAAAGGUUAUUCCUUACAUAUAUUUCCAUCAAAUGAUUUCAAAUUACUAUGUUCUGAUUAUAUCGAACUAACGGGUAUUUACAAAUUCAUACAAAACAUGGAUACAAUUGAACUAAUUGAACAUGAUCAAUUUUUAUUCAAUAUUGUCAAACAAGUCCAAACGAAAUUGGAUGAUUUAUUUUGUUCCAAUUGUAUUACUCAACGACAAUAUGAUCAGAUGCGAAUAAGUCGUUCAGAAGUGGAAUUAAGUUAUUUAGUUUUUGCCUUAAAUACUCCAGUAAAGGGUAAUAUCUACACAAUUCGACCUGUAGUAGUUUGUAAUAAGGGGCCAACAAUGCGUAUUUCACGUUAUCUGUGUAAUUUACUUUGGUCCCUCUUUCAUCAACUAACAGGUUGUAGAACAUUUCGCAAUGGUGUUGAUGUUAUUGAAAAUUUCGAAUCAUAUGCAAGAAAUAAUUAUCUACAAUCGACAACUCUAUUUGUCACAUUCAACAUUCAUGAAAUUUGUAUGAAUUUUUCACAUGAGAUUAUGAUCAAGGCAUUGGAACAUUUUCUAUUGAUUUAUGGUACUCAAGUGUCAAUGGAAGAAGAAUUAGCUAUUGAAACUAUUCUUCAAUUAGUUCGUCUUGUAUUAGAAAAUCAAAUGGUACUCUAUGGAAGUUGUCUGUUUGAACAAACCAGGGGUAAUGCUUCUGGUUGUCCAUUGACCAUUCCAUUAGCUUGUAUUUAUCUAUGUUAUUCACAACCAGCAUUGAUGUCUGUGCUGAUAGCUCAAAAGCAACAAGAACUAUUCGGAAGAUUCCAAGAUAAUCUAUUUCUUACAUGGAAUAGAUCAGAAGAUCAACUUCAUUUCUUAUUUGGAAAACCCAUUGUUGUCGAUCGACACUAUCAAUCUAUUCAAAUAAAACCAUUCAUUGGAACAUCAUUUCAUUUUCUUGAUGUGGAAUUAUCUCAUAAUAAAGGUCAUCUUCAUACACGAAUUUAUCAUGAUGCCGUCAUGGAUCAAUACCAAUUACCGAAUCAAUUUCAAGCGGAAAGAUCAUCAUGUUUACCAUCUCGAUUAUUACAAUCUAUGUUAAUGUAUGUUGUACGAUGUUGUUCCAAAGAACAGAGUUUUGAUUACGAACGACGUUAUCUCAAACUUGUCUAUCUUUUAUAUGGUUUCUCAGAAAAUUUUAUUGAUAAUUGUAUUGAACAAUUUUACAAGCGAUUUUAUGCCUGUGAAGUCAAUUAUUUUGUUGAUAGAAUUCCAUAUGAAACUUUACGUCGACGAGUGAUGAAACGUCAUGCACAAUUAGUCAUCAUUCUAUUUCUCUGUUAUGACCCUCUGAAUUUACUUGACUACACAAUGGUUGAUCAAAUUAAUCAAGCUAUUGAUAUCGUCGUCCCAUGGAUGGAUAAUAUGGAUGACAAUGACGACGAUGAUGAUAAUGAGAAAAUCAUCAAUCUAUCUGGUGAUGAAAUAAAUGAACGUCGUCCGUUGUAUCAAAUUACGCGAAAAAAAUACCUUAACAUUAUUCGACAACAAUUACAAACAAACAAUCGUAUUCUAUUACCUACCUAUAAUCUCUAUGCUUAUUAUUCAUGUGAAUUGACUUUAAUGCAACAGAAAGUACAUGAACAUAUGACUCGUACAGGUGCCUAUCGUUUGAUAAUGGAACUAGAUCAAACAAAUCCGUAUUCUUUGAAAGAAUUUGUGAAGAAGAUGAAUAAUGAUAUAAUGAAAAAGUUGAAUUGUGUUUUACAUAAUAAAUUGAUCACCUAUGCACAAUGGAAACAGAUGAGUACCAAUCGAUCAAAUAGUCAACUUAAUACUCUCUAUUUUUUACCUGAUACGCGUCAAGCUAAUGUUCCUUUUCAUCCAAUGGUACGCUGUCAUCAUCACUUAACUAUGAACAUAUCUCAUUUUCUUAAUCGUCUUCUUCAACCUAUUUAUGAUUAUGUUACUUUUUCGACAACAUUCAAUACAGGUGCUGAUGUCAUUGAUGCUGUAGAAAGAUGUUUCGAUGAAAUAUUCUUUACAUGGAAUGAUUCUGAACAAAGACUUCAUGAUGUACUUCACACAAUCAAUCGACAACUACUAAAUAUGCCAAUCACGAUGUCUAUCAGUAAUGAUAUCAAUUGCCUCGAUGUUAACAUUUGUCAUCUAGAUGGCAACCUCAAAAUAAAAGUAGUUCAUCAAUUAAAUACAGAACCUUAUUCAUUACCUUAUGUCGUUGGUCAUCCACGACACAAAUAUCAUAGUUUACUUCGAGCAGCUCUUCUACGUGCUACACGCUGUUAUGCAAAUGUGUUUGAUUUCGUUAAUGAACUCGUAGAUAUUCAAUUGUCUUUUCAAUAUAAUCGAUUCUCCAAUGAUUUUAUUAUUGAUCAGAUUCAAUUAUUUCUUAAAGAAUUUGGUGAAUCACAAAUGAACGUUCAUGGUGGUGAGAAAUUCUAUGAUCAAUCUCUUUAUGAUCAUCUUCGCCACCAUGUUUUCAAGUAUCAUCAAAGAGAAAAAGAUUGA